AUGGCGAAACGGGUCGCAGCCACCCCCUACAUCCCGGAGCUCGGAGCCUUGUGCCGGCAGGGAGAGUACUAUGACAAGAAGACCCAGAUGUGCUGCAGCAUGUGUCCUCCUGGCUACCACGCAGAGUCCUUCUGCACUAAGACCUCAGACACGGUGUGUACCCCCUGCGAGGACAGCACAUACACCCAGAUCUGGAACUGGGUCCCCGAGUGCUUGAGCUGUGGCUCCCGCUGCAGCUCUGACCAGGUGGAAACCCAGGCCUGCACCCGGGAACAGAACCGCGUGUGCGCCUGCAGGCCAGGCCGGUACUGCAUGCUGGGGAGUCAGCAGGGGUGCCGGCUGUGUGCACAGCUGCGCAAGUGCCGCCCCGGCUUCGGUGUGUCCAAACCAGGAACUGCAACAUCAGAUGUGGUGUGUGCUGCCUGUGGCCCAGGGACAUUCUCGGACACAACGUCAUCCACAGAUACUUGCAGGCCCCACCGGAUCUGUGAGUCGACAGCCAUCCCUGGCAAUGCAAGCAUGGAUGCGGUCUGCGCGUCUGUGCCCCCCACCCUGAGAGUGACCCCAGACUUAUCCCUCAUGCCCCAGCUGGGGUCCACAAAGUCCCAAGCCGUGAAGCCAACUCCAGGACCCAGCACAGCCCCAAGCACGAUUGUCCUGCUCCCGGCGGUCCCCAGCGCCCCUGCGGAAGGGCUCAGCACAGGGAACAUCUCUCUUCCGAUUGGACUGAUUGUGGGUGUGACAGCCUUGGGCCUGCUGCUAAUAGGGCUGCUGAACUGUGUCAUCAUGACUCAGAAGAAAAAGAAGCCCUUCUGCCUGCAAGGAGAAGCCAAGGUGCCUCACCUGCCUGCUGAAAAGGCCCAGGGGGCCCCGGGAUCCGAGCAGCAGCACCUGCUCACCACGGCGCCCAGCUCCAGCAGCAGCUCCCUGGAGAGCUCGGCCAGCGCCGUGGACAGGAGGAGCCAGCCGCAGGCACCGGGCGGGGACAAGGCCAGUGGGCCCGGGGAGGCCCGGGCCAGCUCAGAGUCCUCCCCUGGCGGCCACGGGACCCAAGUCAAUGUCACCUGCAUCGUGAACGUUUGCAGCAGCUCUGACCACAGCUCGCAGUGCUCCUCCCAGGCCAGCUCCACGACAGGGAACGCGGAGUCCAGCCCCUCUGGCUCCGAGAAGGACGAGCAGGUCCCCUUCUCCAAGGAGGAACGCCCUUUUUGGUCCCAGCCUGGGGCCCCGGAGACUCUGCUGCAGAGCGUGGAGGAGAAGCCCCUGAACCUGGGCGUGCCCGAUGCCGGGAUGAAGCCUAGUUAACCCGGCUGGCGUGGGCUGUCGCAGCCGCGCUGGGCUCACCUCUGGGCCUCCUCGGCCCCCACGCCGCAGCACUUUGGCUCUCUCUCGGCCCAAUUCCUUUAGUGGCCUCCACAGCCUGGGCCGUCCUCUCACCUGCAGGCAGAGGGCGGGGCAGGGAGAGUCGGGAGAACCCCUCCUCUCACGGUGGGUGUCCUCGGAAGGCUGGCUGCACGUGCUGGGCAGCCCCGCGGGCCCCUGCCUCUCUGAGCUGCCCCCUCGCUGGCCCUGCGGAUCUGGCUUCUGAAGCCCUUGUUUUCACCCCUGGGCCCUAUGACCCUGGCUCCCUGCAAGGCCCCAGCAUCCAGAGGGGCUGUGGGGGAGGAGGGGCAGCAAGUUUGAGUUCACCCAAGUGCCAAGACUGCUGGAUGGUCUCAGGGGGAGGGGCUCUCAUGGGUCAGAUGGCCUUGUGCAGGGUGGGGAUCCCCUGGGUUAGCCAAGGAUCUUUGGGAAGUACCACUUCCAAAUCCUUUCCUGCUAGUUCCACCUCCUGUACGUGGUGUGAAAGUCAGAUACCAGGAGGGCCCAGCAGGCAGCCUGGAUGAGUGCCCUGCCCUGGGCAAGAUGGCAAACCUCUAACAGGAAAUUCAGUUUUAAUAUGUGACAGUUAACAAAACGAAACAAAAAAAAAUGUAAGCACCAUGCAGACACACGAGCCAACAACACAGAGUUUGCCUCCUCUGCCUUUGACCUUCACUCCAGU